GCCUUCGGGCCUGAGAUCGCCGACUCGCAGCCUGCUGGGAACCCGGGGCUGGGCGAGGGGUCCCCCGGCGGACAGAGCCUGGACCUGGGCCCUUGCUCCGGCCUCAGGCUCCGCCCCGCCUCUGCUGCCUUUUCCUGCUGCCUCCCUCCUCCCGUCGGACCUCCCGGUGCUUGUGGAGAUGGCCAGCCUCCGGUCUGGGAAAGGAAGGGCAAGAGCUCUCCCCUUCAGGGAUCCUUUUGCAUCCCUAGCUCAGCCUGUGGAGGAUCCAGGCCUGUCCCAAGAGGGGAGCCUGGAGCCAGAGCGAAUGGCCCCUAGGGCCCAGAGAACUCCAUCCAUGAAAUCUGUGACAUUCAAAGAUGUGGCUGUGGACUUCAGUCAGGAGGAGUGGUGCCUUCUUGACUCUUCUCAGAAGGAACUGUACAAGGAUGUCAUGCUGGAGAUCUCUCAGAGCCUGCUCUCCUUGGGGCUUCCAGUUCCCAAAGCUGAACUGAUCUCCCAGGUGGACCAAGCAGAAACACCAUGGAUGCUGAAGCAAGUAGACACGAAGAGCUCUGGUCUAGAUGGGGAGACCAAGCCUAAAAUGAAGGAAACUACACAAAAGCCGAGCAUUUCCUUUGAUUUAAAAUGGAGAGAAAUCUGGGAUUCCGAUAUCAGGUCAGGGAAGAAACAAGGCAGCUGGGAGAGUCAUUCAAAGCAACUAAAAAUGAGCCUCAGGAGAACUCCCAGUGAAGGGAAAGGUGAUGAACAUAAUACAUUGGAGAGAAAUUCUAAUCAGGGGUCAGAGAUUCAUCAUGAACAUGCUGAAAGUAGAAGGAGCUCACAGCAAUAUUCCGACCUGUUUGAAUGUAAGGAAAUCACCUCAGGGAAUGGAUAUUCCAAAUAUAGUGAACAUCGGGAGAGCUUUAAUGAGGAGAUGGAUCUUAUCCAGCAUCAUGGAGUCAAAGGUUUUCAAGGUGAACACUGUGAGACAUCCUUGAACUUGAGCCCAGAUCUCAUUAGUCAUCAGAAGCGUAAUAUUGGAGAAAUGCCUUAUAACUGUGGUACAGCUGUCACCCAUAACUCAUCUCUUAGUCUACAUCAGAGAGUUCUUGUGGGAAAGAAAUCUUAUGAAUGUAAUCAAUGUGGGAAGACCUUUUUUCGGAACACAGAUCUUAGUCAACAUCAAAAAAUUCACAGUGUAGAAAAGGCUUAUAAAUGUAAUGAGUGUGGGAAGGCUUUUAGCCAGAGUAGAGACCUUCAUAGACAUCAGAGGAUUCAUACUGGAGAAAAGCCCUAUAAAUGUAAUGAAUGUGGGAAGGCCUUCAGUUAUAGCUCCUCCCUUAUUGCACAUCAGAGAAUUCAUUCUGGAGAAAAACCUUAUGAAUGUAAUCAAUGUGGGAAGGCUUUCCGAAAUCACUCCAACCUUGCUGUCCAUCAGAGGAUUCAUACUGGAGAAAAGCCCUAUAAGUGCAAUGAAUGUGGAAAAGCUUUUAGCCAGAGUAGAGAUCUUCUUAGACAUCAGAACAUUCACACUGGAGAGAAGCCCUAUAAAUGUAAUGAAUGUGAGAAGGCCUUCAGCCAGAGUAGAGACCUUCUUAGACAUCAGAAUAUUCAUACUAGAGGGAAACCUUAUAAAUGUAAUGAAUGUGACAAGUCCUUCAGCCAGAGUACAUCCCUUCUUACACAUCAGAGUAUCCAUGCUGGAGAGAGGCCCUAUAAAUGUAAUGAAUGUGGGAAGGCCUUUAGCCGAAGCUCAAAUCUUAGAGUACAUCAGAGGAUUCAUACUGGAGAGAAGCCUUAUAAAUGCAAUGAAUGUGGGAAGGCCUUUAUCCUGAAAUCAUCCCUUAUUUUACACCAGAAGGUUCACACUGGAGAGAAAACUUCUAAAUGUAAUCCACGUGGAAAGGCUUUCAGACAGAAUUUUCACUUUGCUGCACAUCAGAGAAUUCAUACCGGAGAGAAGCCCUAUAAAUGUAAUGGAUGAAGGAAGGCCUUCAUCUGCAGUUCAUAUCUUCCUGGGUAUGAUCGAAGUUGUAUUGGAAUGAAGCUAAUUGAUGUGGGAAAGAAGGCCUUUAGCUGGAGCACUGACCUUCUAGGAUAUCGGAGAAUUCAUGUUGUCGGUAAAGCCAUAGAAAUGCGAUGAAUUUUCCUGUGAAUGCCUUAUGUCUGUCAUUUCUUAUUGCCCAAUGAUAUUCCAGGACAUUAAUAGACUAUACUUUCUUCUCUCAUUCUCCAAUUAUUAGUAUCCUCUUUGUUUGCAGUUCUUUGCUACCACAUGAAAAGUGCUGCUGUGAAUAUAAUAAUAUGUAGUGGACCUUUCCAUCUGUCAUUGACUUUUGAGGGAUAUAAGCCCAGUAGUAGAGUUGGCUGACCAAAGGGUGUGGAGAGUUGUGACUUUUCUUGUAUAAUCCAUUUGUACAUUAAAUAAAAAAUGUUUUAGGUUUUGUUAGCUUGAACUUCAGAAACACCAGCAAACAGAAUACUUUCCAUACAUAAAGAAGUUCGUACAUGGAAUGGUGAAACUC